GGUUGAGCAGGAUUUUCAGAUGACUAUCUCAAGAGAAGCUUCCAAGAGGCUGCUGUUGGCAUGGCCAGAGAUGUCCAAACGAAUUAUUGAAUAUGUCACCAAUGUAGACGCCCCCAGAAGUUGGGAAGAAAAAAUCGGUCUGUCUGUGGAUAUCAAGGAUUUAUCAGAAGCUGAACAGCAGAAUUUGGCCUUGAACAUCUUGCCCUUCAUGUUCUGUGGACGCAGUAAGACAAUGUUAGGCAGAUGCACCCCCGACCAAGCCCUUCGGUCAUUCAUGGACUGGAAAGCUGAAGGGACUAGUGUGGAGUUCUACACCACAAGCAUGGUGAGCAAAGAGCAGCAGCCACAGCCAUUUGUUCUGCUUAUUGGAGGGAGCAGGUGGGACCCACUCCAAGCAUUUGCCGUGGUGGAACACAGGGCGGUGGCUUGCCCAAGUGCCCUAGCAGCAGUAGAUCUUGUCUUCAAGAUGACCUUCAUACUAGAUGUGGACUAUCAGCCAUACUGCAUGGCAGUGUGGCAGUUUUUGGAGAGCCUUGUCUACCAACUGGGAGAACCUGUCAAAACGGCAUCCAUCCUUCGAUUCCGCACCUGGAUGAGCCAGCAGUCGGUUGACUGAUUUGAUAAAUAUGAACUCAACAACAACCUUGAUAGUUUUUUUGGGGGGUUUUAUUUAUGUGAAUGGUAUCAUCUCCCCAAACUUGAAAGCGUCAUUUUUGUUUCGCCUGCAAAGCAAUAGCGAGAAAUAGGCAGUGCUUUUCCGCUGGCAAAUACGGCAGCAUUGGCGGCAUAUUAUGAAAAGCUCUAUUUUGAAAAGUAUAUAUUCGAUUUUCAUGAAACUUGGACACAAGAGUUGUCAAGUAACAACAAGUGAAAUGCCUUUGGCGGUCUCGCCUGCAUCACACAAAUUGGGUACAUUGUGGGUGCAACCAAUGAGUUCCUUACGACUUUUGGGAACAAAGUCCAUAAAAAUUUGAAAAUAAAAGGUACCAAUUCAAAAACUUAACCUUAUUUCAAAAUUAUUUUAGCAAAUUCCAUGAAACUUGUGUCGAAGGUUUAUCAAGUACCACAGAUGUGGGAGAAAUUUCAGGUCACAAAGUCAAGGUCAAUUAAC